AUGCCGACGACCGGGGCGUCGGGCGCGGCGACGUCGAGCGAGGACGACGAGAGCGACGUGCGGUGCGUGGACGUGGCGUUCGAACGGGCGAAAUCGUGGUUGGGGGCGUCGAGCGGGCCGAGCGCGAUGGCGUUCGCGGCGUUCGCGGCGGAGGAGAGCGCGACGGCGGCGCUGCGGCGGAGACACCCGCGAUUGGGGUUGGGGGCGACGCCGCGGCGGCGCGCGAGCGAUUCGGUGGCGGCGCGUGGGAUCGAGCGGGCGCUGACGAAGAGCGCGGCGCGGGCGGCGGCGGAGCGGCGGCGGAACGAGACGAACGUCGAGGCGAGCGAGAGCGAGAGCGAGAGCGAGGACGAUCGGGUAAAAAUGGUGAGUAGGGGUGGGAAGCGUCGGGGUGGGUCGGUGUACGACGACGGCGGUGGGAGACGGGGGAAGCGGCGGUGA